UUUUUUAGAACCCAAAUUUUGUCAACUUAAGCUAAAAAUGUCUUACAUUGUACGCGAGGAUGCGCCUUACCAAGCGGGCGACCUGGGGAAUCCCCAGCAACAACCCCCAUCUUCCCAACAACCUAUGUUGCCUUCUCUACCACAGCUGGUUGAAGCCCCUUUUGUACCGAUGGUUCACGUCAAAGCGUUCAAGAUACUCGGGUUCCUACAAGCAGUUGGUUCAUUCCUGAUAUUACUCUGUGGAAUAAUUAUUCUGGCAGCAAGUUCAAGUUCCAAUACCUCUUUUGGAGGGAAAAGCGUCGGCGGAGCAGCGAUGGUAACUGGAGUAGUGUGUGGCGUCUCUUCGGCCUUCGGAAUUUUAAAUGCUUUCAGGACUACGGAAUGUAGAGCUAUUACAGGAAUUGUGCUAUCAGUUUUCUCAGCAAUUGGAUCUUCUGGUAUAUCAGCAUUCGCCACUUCGGUCUCUGCCGUCUGUGCAAUGAUGAGCUACUCGGCCAAUAAGAUGGACGACUAUGGCUUUCGAUAUAACCGCCCUUCCCGUGACAGUUGUCCGACCCCAGUUUCCGAAGUCUUGGUUCUGCUCAUCAUUGUAUCGGCGCCAGUUUUUAUUAUAUCAAUCGUGCAUUCUGCCUUCAGCUGUAGAGCUAUGUGUUGCCUGAGACCUCAGCAGGUCGUCAUGGUUAACAAUAAUCUUCAUCAGGCGACAAAAUUAUAAGAAGCAAAUUUUUGAGGAGCUGUUUAGCUGUCUGUGAUAUUCAACCCACCGUGCCUUCUCUUGCUUGUUCCGUGUAAAUAAACGUCUUUUUGCAACUAUUUGUUUGUGAAGCGACUGUCAAGCUAUUUAUGCGUAGUUGAGUAUCCGUUGGGUCGCGUUAUGCUGGAUAUCAUUGAUGGAACAUGUUUUUUUUUUAUUGUGUUUGAACGCACAACGAACGGCCUGAUCCCAACCUGGUACACAUACUACGUUCCGGUGUCCGCCAUCUUGGUUCACAUACUUCGGGAGUAUCCAACAAACUGUCUGAGUAAUAGAUUCUAUGUUUUCAGUAAUUUUUGUGUUUAGUUGUCUGCUAUGUUGCUGCCUUCUCUUGCCUGUUCCAUGUAAAUAAACGUAUUUUUGCAACUGUU